AUGCUCCCUUUAGUAUUACUAUUUAUUGUCAUAAUAGUUCUUUAUAUAUUGCAUGAGAAGAACCCUUUGAGAAGACUACCUCCAGGACCCUUCCCAAUGCCAUUCAUUGGUAACCUUCAUCAAUUAGGCAAGAGACCAGACAAUGUUGUGAACAAACUUUAUGAAACCUAUGGCAACAUCUUUAGGAUUAAGAUGGGCUCUUUGGAAACAGUCAUCUUUACUGAGCCAGAGAUCUUACGUGAGGCAUUCAUUGAGAAUCCAGAUAUGUUUGUCAACAGACAUAUCAAAGUGUCAAGAUUAUCAUGGAACAAUGGACAGAAUAUUGCCACAGCCAAUGGAGAACAUCACAAGAUUGUUAGAGGUGUUGCAAUGAAGGGUAUCACAAGCACAAGGAUCAAAAAGAUGGAGGAUGAUAUUGUACAAGAGAUCAAUCUAUUGUGCGACUAUUUGGAGACCUAUGUCAAGAGUGGAGAACCAGUGGAUCCAAUCAGCCUCAUCAAGAUGUGCUCUUUGAACAUCAUCUUUAGAUUCUCACUCAGCCAUCACUUCCCAUACGAUAUGGACACUGAUGCUGGUCAGUUUGUCAAUUUGAUCAACUAUGCCUUUGUCCAAUCUGGAGUACCAAUGCCUUGCGACUACUUCCCAUUGCUCAAGCCUCUCCUUGUAAAGACACCAAAGUUCAAAGAGUACCUUCAAAUCAAUCACAAGCUUGGCGUAUUCCUCAAGUCACUCAUUGAGAAGAGAGUUCCAUUGUUUGACAGUACUGCUGAACCAAAGGAUAUUCUUGACACCUAUUUGAUGGAGUUGUCAAAAGGAACCAUAACCAUGAAUGGUCUAAUAUACUCUUUCCAAGACCUUAUCAUUGCUGGAACUGAUACAACUGCCAAUACAACAUCAGCAUUGAUAAAGGCAAUGGUGAACAGACCUGAGAUGCAAGAGAAACUGUACAAUGAACUCUCGAGCAACAUUCAAAAUCAACCAUCCAUCCAGGACAAGAGCGCAACACCUUACACCAAUGCCGUGAUCAAGGAGACCACAAGAAGGUUCACAGUCGCUCCAUUGGGCGUACCUCACGCAGCCAACGAGGACUGUGAGUUCAGAGGAUAUCAUAUCAAGAAAGGAACUCAGAUCAUUCAGAACAUCUAUGGUACUAUGAACACUCCAGUGUAUUGGAAGAAUCCUUUGGAGUUUGAUCCAACUAGAUUCCUGGGAGUGGAUGGUGUUGCCAACAGCAAUGUUGUCAAACAGGCAUUUGGUACAGGAUCGCGCAAUUGUCUUGGAAUGUCACUGGCCGAACAUGAACUGUACCUCAUGACAACAGUCAUAUUGAAACGUUUCAAAUUCACCAAACAGACCGAUGAGCUAUUGGACGAGGACAUGAUCUUUGGUAUGACCUCCACGCCAUCUCAUUUCAAGGUGAUUGUUCAUAGAAGACAAGAAGAACCAAUUGUUCGAGCA